CUAUAUAUAUAUAUGUAUGCAAUGAUACGACUAUUGUAUGUAGUUUGCUGCUUUUUGAUUUUACAAACUUCAAAGGCAUCAGAAGGUGAUAGAUGCGUACAGUACCAGGGAUGCUUACAACCAUGCCAGCAUCAAUGCAAAGAUGGAAUCUUUGAUAAGAACCAAACCAGAUACAUGUUGUUGUUGGGAUGGGAUUGCAGAGAGGAAUGCAAAUACACUUGCAUGUGGAAGACUGUAGAAGCUUAUGAAGCUGCAAAUGUCAGAGUUCCACAGUUUCAUGGUAAAUGGCCAUUUGUAAGAAUAAUUGGUGUCCAGGAACCGGCGUCUGUUCUGUUUUCUAUACUGAAUGGAAUAUCCAACAUAUGGGCUUACAAACAAUAUUAUUCAGCUGUUUCAUCCAAUGCACCAUUGUACACAACCACCACAAUCCAUGCAAUACUUGCUGCAAAUGCAUGGCUAUGGUCCAGUGUUUUUCAUGCAAGAGAUUUUCCAUGGACUGAAAAGUUAGAUUACUUUUGUGCUACAUCUUUGGUUUUAUACUCAUUCUAUCUUUCUAUUCAUCGCUUAUCAUAUGAGCUUCAUGGACACAAUGUGCAUAUUUUAAGGUGGAUAGCUGGAAAUUUGAUUGGUGCCUUUUACCUUGGCCACAUAUCUUACUUAACCUUUCAAAGUUUUGAUUACGGUUACAACAUGAAAGCAAAUGUAGCAGUUGGUCUCAUGAACUCAAUUACUUGGUUAAGUCUCUGCUUUCGAAAAAGAAAAAAACACCUACAUGUUAAAAAGAUGGCAGCUGCAAUAAUAAUGACCAAUCUAUUUCUGAUGUUUGAGCUUUCCGAUUUCCCACCAGUAUGGUGGACAUUCGAUGCACAUUCUAUAUGGCACUUCUUAACUAUUCCAAUGCCAUUGCUUGUGUAUUCAUUUUUAAAGGAUGAAAGUUUAAAAUUGCAAAAAGAGUAUGAAACAAAACAAAAGUUUCCAUGACCUACCUUUUUUACAUUUUUACAAACACUGUAGUACUGUACUUGCUAUAAUUAUGCAGAUUUUUAUAAACAAAUAUAUUUUAUUCAAGUUUUAUUGUUACCAUAACCAAUGCAAAUAAACAUCAGUCUGCUGUGAGCAAUCUA